AUGCCAACACCCUCAACCAAGACUCUGGAUCACAUUGUACAUCUCACGCCUCCUGGUUCAGUAGAUGAGGUAUCACGGCAAUUCCGUGAUCUUGGCUUCCAUGUCCUCCCAGGCGGUACGCACGCUGGGGGACUGACAGAAAAUGCGCUCGUGAUGCUGCAAGACGGCGCAUACCUUGAGCUAAUUUCCUUCACGCACCCCGCAUCACAUUACCCGCCAGGAUCACCUGAGCGCCAGAAACGGGAUGCCAAUCCCUGGGCAUGGAAAGAACCUGGUUGGAUUGACUACGCGUUCCUCGGGUCUUCCAGCACCUCAAUAUCAAAACUUAUAAACGCCCGAGCCAAGAAGGAUAAGAGUGGAAUUCGGUAUGAUCCAGAAGUUGAUGGAGGACGAGAGCGCAGCGACGGUAAGAUAUUAAAGUGGCGAAUCUCUGCACCAUCCCAGGAUGGUGACCGAGGAGUUGUUCCAUUCUUCUGCGGAGAUGUCACACCAAGGGAAUGGAGGGUCCCACUGGAUCCCCCUUCGAAUGCAGAACAUCCGUCAGGAGUACUCGGGGUUGCAUACGUCCGAAUUUUGGUGGAGGACGACGAUCUGUCGGACAUGAUAGCGAAUAUAACGUCGGUCACUGGUAAAUCACCCGUGUCGAACACAUCGCGAAGAGCAACUUGGGUACUUGACACACCUAAGACAGACGUCGCUGGAGGAAAACCCCGACUCAUCAUCAGCGUGCCAGAGACAGAAGGCGAACGCUGGACGCUGGAAGGGAGGGGCGAGGGUAUAUAUGAGGUUGCAUUCCUCGUUAACUCAGGAAUGAAGGUGGGGCAAUCCUGGACGCCGUAUGGCAAAAUUGUUUGGUUGAAGGGAUAG